CCAACCAUGCAUCUCUUCCUCGCUUUACUAGCUCUGGGCAUCGCAGCCGUAACGGCUGUCCCAGCAAACCCUCAGAGGAUCGUGGGUGGUUCUAUUACCACUAUUGAGCAGUAUCCGAACAUUGUUGCUCUGCUGUUCUCCUGGAAUGGAAUCAGUUUCUUCCAAGAGUGCGGUGGUACCAUUCUCAAUAGCCGAAAUGUCCUCACUGCCGCUCACUGCAUCUACUACGAGACAGUCAAUACGUGUCGUGUUCGAUCUGGUUCAACUUUUGCGAACAGCGGCGGUGUUGUUCACAACGUAAACAGCUUCCUGAUCCACCCUAAUUACAACCCAAGAACCCGCGAUUACGACAUCGCCAUUAUGCGCACCGCCACCACAAUUGCCUUCAACAACGCUGCACAACCCGCCAAAAUUGCUGGCCCCAACUACAUGGUCGGGGACAACCAAGUCGUCUGGGCCGCCGGAUGGGGUGCCAUUUGGUACGAAGGCCCUGGAUCAGAACAGCUGCGCCACGUCCAGGUCUGGACUGUGAAUCAGGCCACGUGCAGGUCUCGCUUCGCCGCUAUUGACCGCAUCAUCACCGACAACAUGUUGUGCUCCGGUUGGCUCGACGUCGGUGGUCGCGAUCAGUGCUAUGGUGAUUCCGGCAGUCCUCUCUUCCACAACGGUGUCGUCGUUGGAGUGUGCUCCUGGGGUCACGAAUGCGCUUUGCCUCGCUUCCCUGGUGUCAACGUCCGUGUCUCACGCUUUGCUAACUGGAUCAGCAUCAUCAUCAUCAUCAUCAUCAUCAGCAUCCGCGUACUCGCGAUUGAAACAGAGGCGUCCUCGGAUAUUUCCAACGAUUUUAGAGGAAGGAAUGUAGUAUUCCAUUCCCAGUCUGAUCUCGUGAGCAUGCGCAGAAAGAUCAUUGGCCCCAAAGCAGUGUUGCCGCCAAGUGAUUGA